AUGCGGGCUGCUUGGGUGACAGGAUGGAUCACGUUGCUUUCCUUGGCGGCCGGCAGUACGGAGGGGCCCAACUGCAAGAAGUACCCGCAGCUGUGCGCUGACACGUCCGGGUACGUUGUGGUUCUCGAUGCCGGGAGCACUGGCACUAGAGUGCAUGUAUUCAACUACGAGUAUCGCCGGCUCGAGCCGCGGCGCUUUCCUCUCAUCGUCAGUCCUCCGUUGACACUGCCAUCAGAAAUCGCUGUGGCUUCGCGGAAGCCGGGUCUUUCCUCCAUGGUUGACGAUGCAGCCGCCAUCACAAGGCAACUGAGUGAACUGACGCAGUUUGCUGCCGAUGCCUUGACUCUGCAUAACCCGCACAUCGAGGUCAAGCAGGUUCCCCUCUACCUUGGUGCUACGGCGGGUCUGAGAGAGCUAAAGAACGAUCAACGGGACGAGGUGAUGAAGGCAGCUCGGGAGUACUUGAGGAAGCAGGACAUGUUCGCCGUGACUCGCGAUGAGCAGGUGCGUGUCUUGUCAGGGGAGGAGGAAGGUGCAUUUGGAUGGCUGGCAUUGAACCAGAAGCAGGCAGAGAUCAGCCCGGACCCUGCGACGACCCUCGGUGCUCUCGACUUCGGCGGGGCAUCGGUGCAGAUCUCCUUCGUCCCCCAGGAGACUUCGAUCCUGGCCAACCUCUUCCCCAUGCACUUUGGUGGAAGCGUGCGCGGGCCGAUUCACCUUUACUCCCACAGCUUCAAUGGCUUUGGCAACGUCAUCGCGUUCCAGCGCGCCACCACGGUCCUCUUGUCCAUGGGAAAGAAGUUGCGACCCGGCACGGAGCAGGAGGUUCGCCAUCCCUGCAUGCCCGAGGGCCUGGAGUGGGCGGUUGACUACGAUGAGUUUGGCGUGAGCAUCAACAGCACCAAUCCGGAGCGGAAAUACGGCCCCUUGAAGUUGAGAGGCACAGGGGACUCAGCGGGUUGCCUCAACCUCACACGGCCUCUUUUCAACAGGGACGCGCCAUGCCUGUUGCCGCCAUGUUCCAUGAUGGGCAUCUACCAGCCAGUGAAGAACGGGAGCAGGUUUGUGCUCUUCGACAAGUUUGACAAGUUUGAGCAGUGGGAAGUGCUUCCACUGAUUCGGCAGGGGCUGCCACUCGUCAAGGCGCUGGAGAUCCAGCUGCCACGCCUGUGCUCCCUGCCACUCGAGACGCAGGUUGAGCUCUUCGCAGACGAGUCGAUGAGGCACGGUCCGACGUGCUGGUCUGCCACCUGGCUUUUGGCCAUGCUUAGGGAUGGUCUUGGCUUCUCCCCCCACGGCUAUCCGCGUGUCGACGUGGUGCCUCGCUGCUGCGACCACACUUUGGGGCAUGCGACUUACGAGGUGAACUUCUUCCCGUACAAAGUCAGUCGAUCCAGCUACAUGCCCCUGGCUUCCAAGAAGCUCCAUCUAGACGAGCUCAGCGCGAGAGAGCCUCACAGCCCAUACGUGGAAUCCGCGGUUGCAUUCCUGCUCGGAGCUCUGGCUGCUACCGCGGUUGCUUUGGCCUUGGCCCAUGGAGUGGGCCGGAAACGAACUGCGGAGGGCUUGGAGCCGCUCCUCAAGGCCAUUCCAUGA